AUGAAGGAAGCAUUCUCGAUGCCCCUGCAGGGCUGGGAUGCCGUGCGGAUCCUGUCUCAGAUCGCGUCGUUUCAAACCAUCCACUAUCUCAUCCUCGCCACGCUCCUCCCGCCCUUCCUCGCGAUCUUCGCCGAAACGUCAUCGCUCAUGUUCGAGGGCGGUCCCACACAGGUCGGAAUGAUCUUUGACUGGAGACAGAUUGCCGGACGACCGACGUACGACUGGUCCGCACCCAAACACCUCGGCGAAGCUGCGUGGACCGAGGACGGCCUCGAGUCGGACGCAGCGGGAGCAGGGGAAGUCAACAUCGAUCCUGCCGUACUCGUCAAUUGGAAUCUCGACAACGUUUGGCUCGACAUGCCUAUCUCCGGCACCGGCGGCGGCACAGACUCCCCACAAGACAAAGUCCUCGACCACGAACACAUCCUCCGUUUCAAACACCACCGCAACGGCACCACGCUCUCCACCUCUCCCUCGAUCGAACAAGCAGCGCAGAAUGUAGAAGAAGCCUUGGAACAUUGGGAAUGGGACCACACGCGCGACACUGCCCGCUCCUUGACCGUGAUCGCAACCUGGCUGCUCACUAUUCCCCUCGACAUCUUCCUGCUCGUCUACCUUGUCCGACGCCCAACACACAUGCUCGACCACGCCCUCACAUUCCACCUCGUCAACCUCGUCAUCUGCAGCUACUACUCGGGCGCGAUCCCCACCGGUCUCAAGUGGUGGCUGACCAUGCUGAUCCAUGCUGGCGUGAUGGUGGUGUGGAGCGAACAAUUGGCGAUCAAGAGGGAGAUGGGCAGAGGCGUGGGGUACAGCUUGGUUGGAGGCGCAGGGGAUGAGGAAUCAGCAGAAGCAAUGGCGGGGAAGGGUGGUGCGAGAAGUGUGGUGUUUGACUCAGAACACGAGGCAAGAGCCGAGAGGAUCGAGAUGCGGCCGUUGUGA